AGCCUGAAUAGCACCCAGGGGGAGAUCAGAGUGGGAUCAAGUCAUCAGGUAAUAGUCCAUUAACCCCCUUUAAGCAGGAUGUCACUCUCUAAUGUAUUGCCCAUUUGAGACCAUACCAUAGAGCAGUACCGGUAUGCCUUCGACAAUCUACAUUGGUUUAGUGUUGCAAAAUCUGAGAGCUACAUGAUACAUACAGUAUGUCAUUAACUAUCUUACUGUCAUAACCUGUCAUAUAUUUGUCUGUAUGUAUAUAUCAUAUCACUAUAGUAAAUUGUCUGUGACAGUGAGACUAACAUGGUAUUUAUCUGUCUGUAUUAUUUGUGCGUAUGCAGGCUAAGCUCCCUGAGCUGCAACCACGCCCUGUGUUUGGUGUGCAGACCCAGACAGAGAAUGAAGAGCUGGUGUGGAUGCCAGGGGUCAAUGAUUGUGACCUCCUCAUGUACCUCAGAGCUGCCAGGUUAGUGUUGACUCAGCAGCACUCAUAUUAGCUUGGUCCCAGAUCUGUGGUUGUUGUUGGCUAUACAGCACAAACAGAUCUGGGACCAGGCUACACUCAUACUGUAUCUCUUGUGUGAUGAAUGGUGCAUAAGAACCCUGCCAGAUUUAACGACGGAUGGGAUUCAUACAAAACCUGGUGUCUGUCAGCGUUGCAUAACACUGGUGUUGAGAGUAAGAGUGAAGUGCGUUAUUAUGGUAAUUAAGUUGUGUGCAGAACAUAAUCGUUUCAGCUUGAUGAGCAUAUCAAGGAGGUGUGACUGCUGCUGGUUUUUAGUUGUCAUUUAGUAUAAAGUCCUAUCAGAGUUCUUCUAGCUAGCCUGUCAGGUCAUUAUUGUUAAAGAUAAUGUCAUUACAAAACGCUUCUGUAGGCGGCUGUAGUGCACAAUGUUUGUCAUGUUUGUCAUCCUGACUGACUGCACAGCAGGAUUUAUUUAUCUUCUCUGUCUCUUCCUGAUUGAAGGAGCAUGGCAGCGUUUGCAGGGAUGUGUGACGGAGGAUCCACAGAGGACGGGUGUUUGGCGGCCUCUCGUGACGACACCACACUCAACGCUUUGAACAUGGUGAGCAGGAAUACUUUUCUGCAUUUAAAUGGGAAUAUGAAAUAGAACAAUGAGAUCAUUUCAUUUUUACCUUUUUCAUGUAUUAUGUUUUCUAUUUUUGAAAAUAAUCUAUUAUUAUUUUUUAUAUUUUUUAUAUUUUUUUACAUUGUAGAGAAAUGUUUUUAUAAAAAAAUAUCACGUGUACAAUUGUAAAAACAAUAUAUUUUUACGAAUAAGAUCUUGAACCCUUCUCAGUAGAUCUGUGAUUGUCUCCCUCCCUCUACAGUUACACGCCAGCCGCUACGAUGCAGCUAAAGCUCUCCAGCGCCUAGUGAAGAAACCUGUACCCAAACUCAUUGAGAAAUGUUGGUCAGAAGAUGAUGUGGUAAGGCAGCCUUGCACCAUGCUUACUUCAGGUCCAAAGACAAUGUUUAACUUUAGGCACUACGGCCCGAUUUAGAGUUGAGAUGAGCGUUGUAACUCUUGACUUUUGCAUAAAUCAUUCCUUGAUGUUUAGUUAACCGCUCAAAUUCCAAGACAGAAUAUGGCCCUAUGUGUUCUUAGGGCUGCUCUGUGGUUACAUCGGGUUACUCCCAGCAACAAUGCUAUGCAUGUUCAAUAUGUAUUAUGGCCAUUGUGUAACAUAGACAAUAGUGAAACAAUAUGAAACACAUUUACACUGCAUGGUAUAUUGCACAUAUCAUAUGUUUGGGAACUAUGUUGACUGUUUGUUUUUAUUUCCCCCACAAUCACUUUACAAUCAACAGAAGCGGUUCAUCAAAGGUUUGAGACAGUACGGCAAGAAUUUCUUCAGGAUUCGCAAAGAGCUUCUGCCCAACAAGAAAACGGUAAAUGAAAACACCUGGUGUAAUAUAUUUUACUAUCAUACUGUCUCUUAUGUCUGUCUAGACAUAACAGACAGAUGUAACUGGACAUAACUAUACACACAAUCAACAUACCUAACUGUUUGCAAUGCAGUCAGUGGUUCCUUCUGAUUUGGUGUAUUUGUUGACAUACUUGUUACGUUCCCCAGCAAGAAAACCAAAUCAUUUCACUCAAACAGUCACUGACAAUAACCAAAACGAAACAGGUGGGGUUUUAGGAGGGGUUCUGAAAGAUACUCAUGGGGGUGUCCACUGAAAGUUGACUAGCAACAACAACUGGAACCUAAAAGACACCCACCAUGAGCGCCAACAAAAUUUGUCCAAGAAGAGACAAACAAAAGAAAAACCCACACCAAACUUAAAGACAGGAAGCAAACCGAAAAGGUGGAGCAACACGAAAACAUGGAAGAUCAGACAAAGGAAUGUUUUUCUAGAAAUCAAAUAGAGAGCGCCAACUAAAGGUGUUGACCCUCCACAUCUCUCAAGACCACUGGGGCACUGGGCCAGCAACUCUUAAAUAUCACCAGGGACAGCACAGGUGAAACACCUUCCGACUAAUGAGACGGCAACCAGCACAUGUGUAACACAUACUGACUAACGAUGUGACACCAAUCGGUGCGCCCUACGUGCUAACGUGCUAUACGUGCUAAAGUCCAACCUCAAAACAUAAAUGGAAAAACCAAAACCUGUAACACACUACAGCAACUCAAAUUCAAUAUCUGUAUCUUCAUCUUCAUUGGAAUCUGCACACUGUGCCCUCUUCUUAAAUCACGUGUUGUGUUGUUGGCAGGGGGAGUUGAUCACAUUCUACUACCACUGGAAGAAGACGCCUGAGGCUGCAGGCACGCGGCCAUACCGUCAGCACCGUAGACAGCCGUCCUCACGCAAGGCCAAGACUCGCGCCGCCGCUGCCACUGUGAACACCCCCUCCCGGUCCCAAUCCAGUGAGUGCCAGGGGUUUUCAAUUCCUCAAAGAUUUAACUUAUUUUAUGGCCGGGUUCCCUGACACAGAUUAGGACUAGUAGGGGAUAGUGGGGUAAGUGGAGCUAUUUUUUACAUUCAGCAUCACUCAGUCAAGGAAAAUAUAGUAUUCUUUCUAACAAAGAUAUACACUAUAUAUACAAAAGAACGUGGCACCGUCAUAGGAUGCCACCUUUCUAACAAGUCAGUUCGUCAAAUUUCUGCCCUGCUAGAGCUACCCUGGUCAAUUGUAAGUGCUAUUAUUGUGAAGUGGAAACAUCUAGGAGCAACAACGGCUCAGCCGCAAAGUAGUAGGCCACACAAGCUCACAGAACGGGGCCGCUGAAGCGCGUAGCGCGUAAAAAUGGUCUGUCCUCGGUUGCAACUAGGGCUGUGGCGGUCACUAAAUUUCAUCAGCCGGUGAUUGUCAAGCAAAUACAUUUACAUUACAUUUUAGUAAUUUAGCAGACGCUCUUAUCCAGAGCGACUUACAGGAGCAAUUAGGGUUAAGUGCCUUGCUCAAGGGCACAUCGACAGAUUUUUCACCUAAUCGGCUCGGGGAUUAGAACCAGCGACCUUUCGGUUACUGGCACAACGCUCUUAAUCACUAAGCUACCUGCCGCCCCAAAUAACUGUCGGUCUCACGGUAAUUGACCGUUAAUUAACAUAAACACAUUUAGCAUCUCCUGGCUUCAACACAUAGCCUACAAGCCAUUUUAAAAAGUCUAAUAAAUCCAUGUAAUAUAGCCUACACCUUCACAAUAAAUCCAUGUUUUAUUUUAGACAGGUCUAAAGAAGCAUGAUAUGAAGAAAAUGUAGUCUAUUUCAGAAGAAAAGAAUAGCAUACUCUGAGUUGUCCUUAUGUUAGGUCCUGAUGUGGCUAUGCCAAAUGGCUGUGGGCAACACUAGUUCAUUUAGCAGACAAGAUUUGCUUAUAAUUCCGUGGCAUUAUUUUAUAGUAUAAAGAAUACAAUUGAACAAAGCUGAAUAAAAUAUAAAUAUCUUCUCCAAACGAUUUGAGGGAGUGCGCACAUGUGGCUAUUCUGUGUUGAGCGGUUAACAAAGAAAUAGGUACUUCUAUGUGCUUAAUUUAGAGUUAUUAAUGUAACUUUAGUUGAUCUACAUUUACAUUUACAUCAUUUAGCAGACGCUCUUAUCCAGAGCGACUUACAAAUAGGUGCAUUCACCUUAUAGCCAGUGGGAUACCCACUUUACAAUGUUUUUUUUUUUUUUUUUGGGGGUUGGGGUAAGGGGGGAUAGAAGGAUUACUUUAUCCUAUCCCAGGUAUUCCUUAAAGAGGUGGGGUUUCAAAUGUCUCCGGAAGGUGGUGAGUGACUCCGCUGUCCUGGCGUCGUGAGGGAGCUUGUUCCACCAUUGGGGUGCCAGAGCAGCGAACAGUUUUGACUGGGCUGAGCGGGAACUAUGCUUCCGCAGAGGUAGGGGAGCCAGCAGGCCAGAGGUGGAUGAACGCAAUGCCCUCGUUUGGGUGUAGGGACUGAUCAGAGCCUGAAGGUACGGAGGUGCCGUUCCCCUCACAGCUCCGUAGGCAAGCACCAUGGUCUUGUAGCAGAUGCGAGCUUCAACUGGAAGCCAGUGGAGUGUGCGGAGGAGCGGGGUGACGUGAGAGAACUUGGGAAGGUUGAACACCAGACGGGCUGCGGCAUUCUGGAUGAGUUGUAGGGGUUUAAUGGCACAGGCAGGGAGCCCAGCCAACAGCGAGUUGCAGUAAUCCAGACGGGAGAUGACAAGUGCCUGGAUUAGGACCUGUGCCGCUUCCUGUGUAAGGCAGGGUCGUACUCUCCGAAUGUUGUAGAGCAUGAACCUACAGGAUCGGGUCACCGCCUUGAUGUUAGCAGAGAACGACAGGGUGUUGUCCAGGGUCACGCCAAGGCUCUUCGCACUCUGGGAGGAGGACACAACGGAGUUGUCAACCGUGAUGGCGAGAUCAUGGAACAGGCAGUCCUUCCCCGGGAGGAAGAGCAGCUCCGUCUUGCCAAGGUUCAGCUUGAGGUGGUGAUCCGUCAUCCAUACUGAUAUGUCUGCCAGACAUGCAGAGAUGCGAUUCGCCACCUGGUUAUCAGAAGGGGGAAAGGAGAAGAUUAGUUGUGUGUCGUCAGCGUAGCAAUGAUAGGAGAGGCCAUGUGAGGAUAUGACAGAGCCAAGUGACUUGGUGUAUAGCGAGAAUAGGAGAGGGCCUAGAACUGAGCCCUGGGGGACACCAGUGGUGAGAGCACGUGGUGCGGAGACAGCUUCUCGCCACGCCACUUGGUAGGAGCGACCGGUCAGGUAGGACGCAAUCCAAGAGUGAGCCGCGCCGGAGAUGCCCAGCUCGGAGAGGGUGGAGAGGAUGAUUCAGCAGGGAGGAGAAUGUGGCAAAGAGCUUCCUAGGGUUAGAGGCAGAUGCUUGGAAGCCCAACAUCUACAAAUGUUGGGCUAUAUGUUUUGAUUUUUAAUAUAUUGUAAGGCUGCAUGAUGAGACUCUAAUGAUGAUUUGAAAAAGUCGCUUGAAAGGCAUGAGCUCUGCUUUGUUUUUUUGCGCAGGCUGUACACACUCCAAUAGUCUCUCAUUCACAAUUUGACAAGCAGUUGAUAAUGCCUCGAAUUUCACAGCGGCAUCCCCUUUGUGGCCGUAAUGCACCCUAAAAUAAUCCAUGCCUUUUGCGGCUCAGAGUGCUGCGUUGUGCCCUUCUCCCUGAGUGUGCUGCGCAAUCUGAAGUGCCUCUCAUUCACAUGGCUCUCCGUCACAUGAUCGGGGCUUUCUCACAGGCUACAAGUGAAGACAGUUCAUCGGGGACGCAACUGCGCGCGUCUUUAUCCAAUUCCGAGGUGCAUAUUGAAGAUACUGGAAGAACUGUCCACAUUUAAUUUUGGUCAGCCAACAAGAUGAGUAGGCCUAACAAACAGCAAAAGCACUAGCCUAUGUGAAUCUGCUAUCCCCCAUAGUACAAAAGUCAACCUAUUCUAUUCUGUGCGAGAAAUAAAUAUUCCAAACAUAGUCUGAGACAGUUGUGGGAUGUGAUAGAUCCCAAAUUGAUACAACCACUAGCAUCAAAAAACCUUUUUUUAUACAAUGUGGCUGACGCAACAGAUUAGAACGUUUAGCUUAAAAUGUUGAUAAACUAUGUGUCAGAGGAAGGCCCUAAAAAUUGUCAGACUACAGCCACCGUAGUCAUAGACUGUUCUCUCUGCUACCUCACGGCAAGCGGGACCGGAGCGCCAAGUCUAGGUCCAAAAGGCUUCUUAACAGCUUCUACCCCCAAGCCAUAAGACUCCUGAACAGCUAAUCAUGGCUACCCAGACUAUUUGCAUUGCCCCCCCACCCCACCCCAACCCCCUCUUUUAUAAUAAUAUAAUAUAAUAUGCCAUUUAGCAGACGCUUUUAUUCAAAGCGACUUACAGUCAUGUGUGCAUACAUUUUUACGUAUGGGUGGUCCCGGGGAUCGAACCCACUACCCUGGCGUUACAAGCGCCAUGCUCUACCAAUUGAGCUACAGAGGACCACAUUUUACACUGUUGCUACUCUGUUUAUUAUUUAUGCAUAGUCACUUUAACUCUGCCCACAUGUACAUAUUACCUAAAUUACCUCGACUAACUGGUGCCCCCGCACAUUGACUCUGUACCGGUACCCCCCUGUGUAUAUAGCCUCCCUACUGUUAUUUUAUUUUACUGCUGCUCUUUAAUUAUUUGCUAUUUUCUAUUUUUUACUUAUCUAUUUUUUACUUAACUAUUUUUUUCUUCUUAAAAAACUGCAUUGUUGGUUAAGGGCUUGUAAGUAAGCAUUUCACUGUAAGGUCUACACCUGUUGUAUUCGGCACAUGUGGCAAAUAACAUUUGAUUUGAUUUGAUUAGGCUAUUUCUUCACAUUAUAAGCGCAGCAAUGCACACAUGGUAGUAGGCUAUAAGCGUGAAUGUUCCAUUAGCGGAAAACACCAUUAUCAAAAGUGACCGCAAAUGCAAUUAUGCAUGUAAUGCUUUUAUUAUAAAGGUGUAUUUUAAUGGUGAAAAUUAUCUUCCUCAAACUUGAAACUCAGUUAGAAUCUACACCCCUUGUAAAACGGAUUAAUGUGCUUAAUUUUAAGAAGUCAUUUGGCCACUUUAGUUGUGAUACAAACCUUAUUAAAACAUAUACAUGAGGUGUGCGAUUAUGAUUAGAAAAAGUCACAAAAAAAAAGGCUUUGUUUCUUAUGCUGGGCAUCAUUUACAACUGAUAAUAUAUAAUUCACAAGUGAUAGGCUAAUAUUGUCACCCAUCAGACUAUUCUUGAUUUAAUCUUGUCAUUACAUAUACUAAAUAAUAUAUGUGUGACAUUUGUUUUGAUUUAGAAUGGACCAUUAUCAUGUACCUGUAUCGAAGCAGGGCCAGUGGAAAAAAUACAUGUCAUCUAUGCACUUAAAUAGCGAAUGUAAGACGCUUUUCCCCGUGGUUUAUUUUCAUGCCAACCAGGUAGGCUAUACUCCUGUUGUAAAUAUAAGCAAUGUGCUUAAAGUUAGGAAAGUUGAGAAAUAAAUAUAGUAGGCCUAGCCUAUAGAAAGCUGAUGGGAUCCUCCUCUUAUUAUUAGCGGCCAUCACUCUGUUUUCUCCCGCAAUUGCAUAGCCUAUAGAAAUGUUGUGCAACAUGAGCUCAUGAGCUCUCAUGAAGUGUUUGAUUUUUGAUUAGAUUUGCAUUGAUGUCAGAGUGAUUAGAGGGACAAUAGAGUGCUGAGUACCAGGCAGUUAGCAAGUUUGGUAGGCUACUAAUGACCAGCAGCAGCAUCAGAGCUUGAAGAACCCUAAUUACCGUGACUAAACGGUCAUGUGGUAUUUGACUGCCUUCAUGACUUGUGACUGCCGGUGUGGUGGUAAUACAGUCAGCGCAACAGCCCUAGUUGUAACACUCACUACCAAGUUCCAAACUGCCUCUGGAAGCAACGUCAGUACAAUAACUGUUCGUCGAGAGCUUCAUGAAAUGGGUUUCCAUGGCCGAGCUGCCGCACACAAGCCUAUGAUCACCAUGCGCAAUGCCGAGCGUCGGCUGGAGUGGUGUAAAGCUUGCCACCAUUGGACUCUGGAGCAGUGGAAACGCGUUCUCUGGAGUGAUGAAUCAUGCUUCUCCAUCUGGCAGUCCGACGGAUGAAUCAGGGUUUGGCGGAUGCCAGGAGAACGCUACCUGCCCCAAUGCAUAGUGCCAACUGUAAAGUUUGGUGGAGGAGUAAUAAUGGUCUGGGGCUGUUUUUCAUGGUUCGGGCUAGGCCCCUUAGUUCCAGUGAAGGGAAAUCUUAACGCUACAGCAUACAAUGACAUUCUAGACGAUUCUGUGCUUCCAACUUUGUGGCAACAGUUUUGGGAAGGCCGUUUCAGCAUGACAAUGCCCCUGUGCACAAAGCGAGGUCCAUACAGAAAUGUUUUUUUGAGAUCGGUGUGGAAGAACUUGACUGGCCUGCACAGAGCCCUGACCUCAACCCCAUCGAAUACCUUUGGGAUGAAUUGGAACGCCAUCUGCGAGCCAGGCCUAAUCGGCCAACAUCAGUGACCGACCUCACGAAUGCUCUUGUGGCUGAAUGGAAGCAAGUCCCCGCAGCAAUGUUCCAACAUCUAGUGGAAAGUCUUCCCAGAAGCGUGGAAGCUGUUAUAGCAACAAAGGGGGAACCAACUCCAUAUUAAUGCCCAUGAAUUUGGAAUGAGAUGUUCAGUUGUCCACAUACUUUUGGUCAUAUAGUGUAUAUAUAUAUAUAUAUAUAUAUAUACACUGCUCAAAAGAAUAAAGGGAACACUUAAACAACACAAUGUAACUCCAAGUCAAUCACACUUCUGUGAAAUCAAACUGUCAACUUAGGAAGCAACACUGAUUGACAAUACAUUUCACAUGCUGUUGUGCAAAUGGAAUAGACAACAGGUGGAAAUUAUAGGCAAUUAGCAAGACACCCCUAAUAAAGGACUGGUUUUGCAGGUGGUGACCACAGACCACUUCUCAGUUCCUAUGCUUCCUGGCUGAUGUUUUGGUCACUUUUGAAUGCUGGCGGUGCUUUCACUCUAGUGGUAGCAUGAGACGGAGUCUACAACCCACACAAGUGGCUCAGGUAGUGCAGCUCAUCCAGGAUGGCACAUCAAUGCGAGCUGUGGCAAGAAGGUUUGCUGUGUCUGUCAGCGUAGUGUCCAGAGCAUGGAGGCGCUACCAGGAGACAGGCCAGUACAUCAGGAGACGUGGAGGAGGCCGUAGGAGUGCAACAACCCAGCAGCAGGACUGAAUUCUCCGCCUUUGUGCAAGGAGGAGCAGGAGGAGCACUGCCAGAGCCCUGCAAAAUGACCUCCAGCAGGCCACAAAUGUGCAUGUGUCUGCUCAAAUGGUCAGAAACAGACUCCAUGAGGGUGGUAUGAGGGCCCGACGUCCACAGGUGGGGGUUGUGCUUACAGCCCAACACCGUGCAGGACGUUUGGCAUUUGCCAGAGAACACCAAGAUUGGCAAAUUCGCCACUUGCGCCCUGUGCUCUUCACAGAUGAAAGCAGGUUCACACUGAGCACAUGUGACAGACGUGACAGAGUCUGGAGACGCCGUGGAGAACGUUCUGCUGCCUGCAACAUCCUCCAGCAUGACCGGUUUGGCGGUGGGUCAGUCAUGGUGUGGGGUGGCAUUUCUUUGGGGGGCCGCACAGCCCUCCAUGUGCUCGCCAGAGGUAGCCUGACUGCCAUUAGGUACCGAGAUGAGAUCCUCAGACCGCUUGUGAGACCAUAUGCUGGUGCGGUUGGCCCUGGGUUCCUCCUAAUGCAAGACAAUGCUAGACCUCAUGUGGCUGGAGUGUGUCAGCAGUUCCUGCAAGAGGAAGGCAUUGAUGCUAUGGACCGCCCGUUCCCCAGACCUGAAUCCAAUUGAGCACAUCUGGGACAUCAUGUCUAGCUCCAUCCACCAACGCCACGUUGCAGCACAGACUGUCCAGGAGUUGGCCCCAACUGAUUAUAACAAUCUUAAAAUUAUCUACUUUGGUUUAGAUACAAGCAUCAUGAAAACUCUUACACAAUAAAUUCAUUUGACUUGGUGAAAAUCCGUUUUUUUCCCCAUGUGGUUUCUUCCUUCACAGACCUCUUCCUAAAUAUUUGGUCAAAUUAUACAUUAUGUGUAUGGUUUCCUAAAAACAAGGGUGGCUCAAUUUACCCUUUUGACUCAAUUUACCCCACUCUCCCCUAUUGGACUAAAUGUGCAUGCUUUUUAAUCCAGAACUAGGCUUAAUCUGUGUGUAGAACACUAAGGGCCUAUUUCUAUCUUCUAGUCCAGUAACUGUAGAUAACACAAUAGGAGUGGGUAUUUAUCUGAUCUCUUCUCUCUCCUGCAGUGGACAUAAGUUCAGCCAGUGAGGAGGACCUGGACAGUGAAGACAGCGAGCAGGGCACCUGUAGACACUGUGCCACUUCCAGUAAGUACAGUUCAUACUUGCUCCACCAGCCACCAGUGCUCAGGUCAAUGGGUUCUGAUGUACUGUAUGUCUGUGUCCUAUGUUGGUGACAAAUACAAUUUCUCCUCUUGUGAUCAAUAAAGUUUAUUCAAUUCAUUGCUUUAAUUUCAGCCUCUAAGGACUGGCAGCACGGAGGCCGGGAUAACAUCCUCCUGUGUACCACCUGUCGUACCUACUACAACAAACAUGGCCGCCUGCCGCCUGGCCCCAAGCCUGCUGACCCUCCCUUCAUGUUCAAACCUGUCAAAGAGGAAGAGGAUGGCAACGGGAAGCACGGCAUGAGGACGCGACGCAGCAGAACACCGGUAAGCCUGGGAACCUCCCAUCUUAGCCCCAUCUAGUGUAUUCCUCCCUUCCACCCUCACUCCUCUCUCUUUCCCUCUCUUUCUCAGUCACUCAGUCAGUCACUACCACCCUCAUCAUUAUCUUUCUCUCUCUAUUGUUGUUAUAAUCUCUUUCAAUACUUACUCCAAGUUGUAUUUCUCACCAGUUGUCUUCACUAAGAAGUGGCCACAAGAGGCUGACCGGCUCUCCUACCAGUGAAGACCAGCAGUCCAGUAGCCAUCCCUCUCCCGCCCCCAGUGGGGCUAGCUCCACCUCCAACGCAUCCAGAACCUCCUGCUUAGACAAGACUGAUUCCACAAAGAAGCCUGGCAAGGUACAGUCACACACAUAUAUUCUUUUUGAAGUUAGGGAUAUAGAUUUGUAUGCACAGUAAUGGCGCAUUUGUGAAUUUAAGUACACCUAAUAUCAUAUACAAUCAUAACAUCUAGUUGUAUUUCUGCCGUUCAGACCAGGGCUUCCCCUUUGUCCAAAUACUUUUUACUAUGUUGUACAUACAUGUAGAACUGAAUGGAAUAAGUGAAUUAUAUUCCUUCCAUCCAACAGAAUAUCAAGGAAGAGGCGCCCCUACCAAAGAGUACUAAACGUUCCAGGGAGAGUGCAGCCCAGGACCCAGAGGAGCCUGAGAGAACUCCAACUAAAAGGACCAAGACACAGCAGGUGAGACAGAGUGUAAGACAAUAGUGAAGCAAUGGCAGCUAAAAGGUGCAAGAUCAGAGAGAAGCAAAAUGUGCUAAACCAGUUCUCAGAAACGUAUCACUUUUGUUGCCUCAUUGUUCUUCAGUUAAUGUCUUAUCUUCCUGCACUGAGCUACUUUGUUGGGUGUGCCUAGAUCUAUCCAGUGGCUCUUUUCGUGUAACAUUAGCAUGAUGAGAACCUCCCCUCACCAACAAUUCUAACCUUGUGUCUCCGUCCUCCUCUCAGGGUGAACAGGCUGAGUGCCGGUCGGAGGGCGAUGGAGAGGCUGAGGCAGAAGGGGUUGAGGUGGAGGAGGAGAGCUGCUCAGACAGCCGCAGUGCCCAAGACGACGGCAGCAGCGACACCAAAGACAUCGACCAGGACAACCGCUCCUCCUCCCCCAGCAUCCCCAGCCCUCGCCAGGGCAACGAGAGCGACUCGGAUUCCUCUGCCCAGCAGCACCAGGGUGCCCACCAGGCGCCAGUAGAGACCGUCAGUGCCCCUCCUGCUGCUGCCCUGGCUGAAACACAGACCCCACAGACUGUUCCUCAACCACAGGUUGCGGGCUCAACCACAUCCCUGCCUCCCCAGGGUACCUCUCCCUCUGCAGAGUCUGGCCAGGUACAGGCCCAGGCACCCCCCUCCCUAGAGCCCCCCCAGCCUUCAGCCACCUCUGCUCAGGCUGGUCAGUCAGUUAGCUAUCAGACAAGUCCCCCACACAGCCGACCCCCACCCCCCUCCUCUCACCCUCUCGCUGGCCCCUCACCCCUCCCUCCGCCGCUGGGACAGGCCUUCCAUCCUCCAUCUCCUGUAUUCCAGGGUCCUCUUCUUCCUCCUGGCUCUCUGCCUCCCACCCAGCACCUGUCCCUCCAUGGUUCUCCCACCCAGGGCCCCCACCCCCAGCGACCCCUUCCUCACUUUCCCAGGGAACCCACCUUCCCCCAGGCCCUCCCCCUCACCUCCGGGCCCCAAAUCAAACCACCCCCAACCACACCCAUCCAUCCAUCUCACAAGCAGCCACCACACCUCUCUUCUUCUCUUGCUCCUCCUUUCCCCCAGAUGCCGUCCAACCUGCCCCCUCCCCCAGCACUGAAGCCCCUCAACUCCCUGCCCAACCAGCACCCUCCCGGUGCCCCUCCACCCCCCCUCCAGCUCAUGCCCCAGUCCCUGCCCAUGCAGCAGGGACUCCCACCCCAGCCUCCUGUGCUCACUCAGCUGCAGAACCUCCCUGGCAGAGGCAGCCACUCCCACCCCCACUCCUCCCUGCCCUCCUCUGCCCCCUCAACCAUGCACCCUGUCCUCUCUGCCUCCUCUCCCUCUACCAUGGGUCCAGUCUCUGGUCUCCAGCCCUCCUCCUCCCUGCGCCCCUCACCCGGAAACCCCAUUGGCAUUGGAGGGUCACAUGUCCAGAUUAAAGAGGAGCCAUUGGAUGAGUGUGAGGAGCCUGAGAGCCCGCCCCCUCCACCCAGAAGUCCCUCGCCAGAACCUUCCGUUGUCAACAUCGCCAGUCAUGCAAGCCAAUCAGCACGGUACUUACUGCAUGACAUUACUCCAGACAGUCCUGUAAGAUGGGCCUCCUUUACAGAGUUAAUUGUGGCCAUAUUGUUGACCUUGUGUUUCUAAAAUGUUAACAGAUGUUGUUCAUCUGAAUUACAUAUGUUCUCAAACAAUAUUGUUGUGUGAUUGCUAUAUAUGCUGUUUGAUUCAUUUCAGGUUUUUCAAACACCUGGACCGUGGCUACAACUCGUGCUCCAGAACAGACCUGUUCUUCACUCCCCUGGCCUCGUCCAAGCUGGCCAAGAAGAGAGAGGAGGCUGUAGAGAGAUCCAAGAGAGAGGCUGAGCACAACGCCCGAGAGAGGGAGAAGGACAGAGAGAGGGAGAGGGAGAGGGAGAGGGAGAGGGAGAGGGAGAGGCAGGAAGACAAAAAUGCUGUGAGUAAUAUGCUGUGGUGCUAUUCCCUCUAUUCCUCUUUUUCUUUGACAUAACUGACGUGAUGUCUGUGUAUCUCAGCAAUGUUAUCAAUGAUAUUAUUACAUACUAGUACAACAAUGUUAUCAAUGAUAUUAUUACAUACUAGUACAACAAUGUUAUCAGUUGGAUGUUUUGGAUACCUCUAGGGCUCUAUACAUUGUUUUCUCGCAAAUUUGAACCACCUAAAUGGGCCUCUUUCUCUUCCAGAGAGCGUCCAGCUCGUCCCAUGACAGCCGUAUGAGUGAUGUCCAAAUGUCCGGCCAGGUCCACAUGUGCUCCUCCUUCGAGCAGCCCCCCACCAGUGUGGCCGCUGUGCCCCCUUACAUCGGCCCCGACACCCCGGCCCUGCGCACCCUCAGUGAGUACGCCCGACCCCACGUCAUGUCCCCCACCAAUCGCAACCACCCCUUCUUCGUGUCCCUGUCCCCCGGGGACCCUCUGCUGGCCUACCACAUGCCCGGCCUGUACGCCGCCGAGCCCAGCCUGAGAGAGAGGGAGCUCCGUAACCUCCGGGAGAGGGAGCUCCGCGAGAGGAUGAAGCCUGGCUUCGAGGUCAAACCCCCGGAGAUGGAGAACAUGCAUCCAUCAGCCAACCCCAUGGAGCACUUUGCCAGACAUGGAGCCCUGGCCCUGCCCCACAUCGCUGGGCCGCCCCACCACCCCUUUGGCCACUUCCACCCGGUAAUGCAGAACCACCUGGAGAGGGAGAGGCAGGCGCUGGCCCUGGCCGGGCCCCAGAUGCGUCCAGAGCUGAGCUACGCUGAGCGACUGACUGCUGAGAGGCUCCAUGCUGAGAGGAUGGCGUCUGUGGCUAACGACCCGGCCGCCAGGCUGCAGAUGCUCAACGUCACGCCGCAUCACCACCAGCACUCCCACAUCCACUCACACCUACACCUGCACCAGCAGGACCCACUCAACCAAGGUGAGGGUAUGGACACUUCUAUUCUGUCUUGUUUUGUUACAUCUUCAGGAUAUGUGUGUACUGGAUAAGCACAAAUUGAUUAUUGUUUUAAAAACAAGAACACUUGAUUUGUAUUAUAUAUUUUUUUUAUAUUCUUAUUUAAUGUUGUUUGAUAGUCUUAAUGCUGAGAGAAGAAGCUGACUCUCCUCACUGUAUUACUCUGUAUACCUACCAGUGUAGUCAUCAGUUGAUAUGUGUGCACUGUUCGUCCCCCUUCCAAUAUUAACUGAUGUUUAUGAAAUGUGUUAAUUUAUAUAUUGUUUGUUCUCCUGCCUCAUUAGAUGAUGUGUGUUACUGUCACCCAGGUAAUGGCCCCCACCCUCUGGAUCCCCUGGCUCCAGGGCCCCGUCUGGCCCGCUUCCCCUUCCCCAACGACCUGCCCCACGACCACGACAUGCUGCGACACCCACUGUUUGGUGAGGAACCUUAACACACACUCAUACACACACACAUUCAAUUCACUGUAUUCAGACUAUAAUUCUGUGAUUGUGAGGUGACUGAGACGCACUCUGAUGUUUUGUGCCCCUUGAUCAACAUCCAAACAGCCUAUGCAGCUGUUGCAGGAGCAGGGUACCCCCGUGAGCUCCAGGGGCCCAUCCCCCAGAUGUCUGCAGCCCACCAGCUCCAGGCCAUGCACGCCCAGUCAGCAGAGCUGCAGAGGCUGGCCAUGGAGCAGCAGUGGCUGCACGGACACCACCACCUACAACACGGGGGGCCUAUGCCCGGACAGGAGGAUUACUACAGG